GGGCGGCGGUGACGUCGAUGCUUUCUGUGCGGCGGUGCUCCGCGGCGAAGCGAGGGAGACAGACAGACAGAUAGACGGGGCACGACAGUCUGUCUGUCUUUGUCACACAGCCGGUCCCCGGGGAGGUGAGGAUUGUCAAAGACGCCUUGAGGAGCACUGCGAGUAACAAAAGCGGGAGAAUUGUGCGGGUGUGGGAAGAGGCGGAAGGAAGGAAGGCCUCUGGGAAGAGGAGGGGGUUCCGAGUAUUUGACAGGUCCCCGGGACAGCGAAGCGGAGCGCUCGGCCUGUCAGCAAGCACCAACCCAUCCGGCACUGGGACUGUGUAAUCAUUGACAUACAGUGGUUAUAUAAUUAUACAUACAACUCAGAGAUACAUGUGAGGGGAUAUUAAAUUGAAAGCGGCCUGGAGUCUGGAACUGUCAGUCCUCAGUCGCCAGGACUCCCUCUCUCCUUUUUAACCCCCCUCCCCCACUUCAUUUACAUUUCCAACCUGCUUUUGGAUUAGAGAAGCCGCCGUCGAUCUCAAGAAACAGGCUGUCCUCCCCCCGCCCCCACUCCCUGGGGGAGGCAAGAUUUCAGUCAGCAGGCCCUCCCUCCACGUUGCUGCAAAGGAGCCGAAGUAGGGUGGGAGAGAGAAUCGUCGUUUCAUCGAGGAGAGGGUAGCGACGCCUCCCGAUUUUUAUUUCUCUCGUUCACUCUCCCAAAGUAAGGGGCUUCAUGCCAGUCUUCAGUGAGUCGCACCAGGCGUGCCUUGGAUCGACAAUGUGUUAAAUUCAGUCGCGAGAAAGAAAAGAAAUUUAAAUUAGGAAGACAGAAGUACGGACGAUUUGCCGUGUCUUUGGCACAUCCCACGUGAAAUAGUGGUUUGGAUCCAAGUGUUUUUCUGGUUAGAAGGUGUAUUUCCUCCCAUCUGGCGAAUGACCAAAUCAGUGCUGAGAAAUUUCAAACGAGUAGAAGGUUGGUUCGCCACCUGCUGAGCAGAUCGUGUUUGUGUGUGUGGUUUUCGUUACUCGUCUGAGUAUUGGCAGCGGAAUCGGACUGUACAACCCGGCACUGUGGUGGGAUUAAUUUGGCUGGGAUGUGCAAAUGUGGAAUCAGUCGAAAUUCGGAUUUUGCCUUGAUUAGCUUGGUGAUAUAGAGACUUAAGACAUUGUUCACAACAUUCUAAUUUCUACCAAUGAUAUGUGACCAGAAUGUAUUGAAAUGCACGACGACCAUCGUGUGCUAAUUUUGUAGGCGACAGUCAUUUAAUCUAAAGUUGUGCCUGGAUAUAUAAAUUGGGGGAAAAAAAACUGGUACGUUUCCCAGUAGCCAUGACAAGUGUACAAGGAGCUAUGAGAGUGAUGGAUGGAGUUAACUUGGGUGAAGUGAUUGUAAAAAAGGAGCCAGUAUAUGACGGAGUGGGAGAACGAAGCAACGUGGAAAAGGAGUUUGAUGGUAGAAUUACACAUAUGCUCAGAGCCCCAGGAGUAAAGCUAGAAAGUGGACAGGGCCUUGGAGUGGAGGAGACAGCGCACACAGAUGUGUGUGUGCCCAAAGCUUGCCUGUUGUCAGGAGUUCGUCCAUUGGAUCUUAACCCUGCUCUCAAACACACAUUGGCUCAGUUUCACUUGAGCAGUCAGAGCUCUCUGGGUGGGCCAGCAGCAUUUUCGGCACGUUGUACUCAAGAGUGUAUGUCGCCAGGGGGGCUAAUGCCCAUGACAUCACCCCCUGUGCUGCCAGGACCAUUGCUUAUACCCUCAGACAGUUCAACUGAGCUCACGCAUACUUUAUUGGAAGGAGAAACUAUCUCCUGCUUCAUGGUUGGUGGGGAGAAGAGGCUGUGUUUGCCACAGGUCCUAAAUUCAGUUCUGCGAGAUUUCUCUCUUCAACAGAUCAACACUGUCUGUGAUGAGCUGUAUAUUUAUUGCUCAAGAUGUACGGCAGAACAGCUACAAAUUCUCAAAGUCCUAGGCAUCUUGCCUUUCAAUGCUCCCUCUUGCGGACUUAUAACACAGACUGAUGCACAGAGGUUAUGUAAUGCCUUGGUUCAUGCAGGCAUACUGCCUCCAGAUGCCAACAAACUCCCUGGCAAAACAUGCCUUGCCCAGUUACAGAGCACUGGUUCCAGUUUUGAAGUAGAACAUUGGUGUCUUGGGAAAUGUCAAGGUCUGUUCGUGCCGCAGUUAUACAGUCACCCUGAUGCUACCUGCAUUCAGUGUCUGGACUGCCACAUGAUGUUUUCACCCCAGAAGUUUGUCCUGCAUUCGCACAGGUCUCCAGACAAGAGAACCUGCCACUGGGGCUUUGAUUCAGCUAAAUGGCGCUGCUAUGUGCAACUGAGCCGUAAAUAUGCAGAAACAUCUGAAGAAAAGUUCUUACAGCAAUGUUUGGAAGAAAUGAAAGACAGAUUCAACCUCAAUAACCAGCGAAAAAGACUGCUUCCAAAGCAAUCUGAUUCUGAAGAACUUCAGCUGAAAAAAAUGCGGGUGGAGCGCACAGAUCCUCAGGAUGAGCUGUAUGAGAAAAGCCUUGACAGAAAGGCUGACUCCCAACAUGCUUUGACAUUCCAGCACUGGUAUCCAGUCAUCAAACAAGAAAUGGAUCAUCUGACUCAGCAACAUACUUCAGUUAUCCAUCCAAGCUGUCUUCUCUAUAUGUACGAUAAGGUGAUAGCUCCAAAUGUCUCAUUAGCUCCACCUUUGCAACGGUGUAAAGAUCCCACUAAAUCAAUGAAAAAAGAUUCUGUGAUGAGCACACCGACAGCCUUGGAAGAAGAGGCAAAACGUCAGAAGGAUGAUAAGAAUAAGAAGUUGAUAUCCUGUUUUGCAUUGUCUCCGGAAGAGGAAGUGAAUAAUGCUCUGAGUGCAGAUUCCUUCAAUCCAUGUUAUCAAGCCUCAGAGUCUUCUACUGAACAUGCAGAGGAAUACAGAAAAUCUGAAUGUACCAACCACAAAAAUAAGCAGGAGAUUGCCAUGGGAUUGAAGGAAAAUGCAAAUACUGGCAAAGAGACUGGGAAUUCACCUCUACGCAUUGGAAUGAGCAUGGAAGAGGAGAAUGAAAAAAUAGUGGAACAAAUCAUGAAAACAUACUGUAAACAGCAAGAGAAGCUGAACACAACUAUUCAGCAGAAGAAGCAUCUACAAAUGGAGGUGGAAUUAUUACAAGUCACAAAGCGGAUGAAACUCAAAGAAUUGACUGAAGACAAGCUUGGGCUGGAGCAAGAGCUGGAUUCUCUGCAGUCUGAGCAUGCUCAGAGAAUGAAUGCAGUCUGUGAUGAACAGGCAGAGUUAGAGUGCCGACUGGAUCAGCUGAAGCAGGGUUGUAUUUGUGACCAUACAACAGAACGGAGCCAAGAGGCUGAGUAUACAGAGCAGUUAUCAGAGUUGAGGCAGAGACUGGAUCGAGCAGAAGCAGAUCGCCGAGAACUUCAAGAAGAACUAAGAUGUGAACGUGAAGCACGAGAAAAAUUGGAAGCCAUGGUUAAAGAACUGAAGCUUCAGAUCUUAGAAAGCUCUGGAAAUAAAGUUGGCACUGGGGUGAACUCUGUAGCAGAGUGAUAAUAGAAGCUUGACUGAUGACCAGCUAUUUGAAGUGAAGUAAUUUUUAGAAUUGGUCAAAAAAGGAAGACUGUUGAGUUCAGUCCUUGAACCUACAGCUGCAAGAAAUCUUUGCAACUGUGUAGCAGCUGCAUUGGAGAUACUGGAGUUUAUUUGAACUGAUUCAGUUUAGAGCAAAAAAUAGAAACCCUGGUUUAAACUCAUUCAGUUUUGUGUAUAUAAUGCUCACAGUCAAUACAAAGCAAAAUGCCAUAGCAUGGGAAAAAUGUUGUUUCAUUAGCUUCGGAAAAGUUAUAUGCAUGCAGAGCCAGUCAAAUGCAAAAUUGGUUUUCUGUCUUCUUUCUCAAUGCCUUUGUAAAUGGCUUUUGUUAAAAGCAUCAGCAACAUCAGUACUGGUCCUUUUGUUUAUUGUAGAAUCCUGUUUACUUUAUAAAUUGCAUAGAUAUGCUGGCAGCUUGUUUUGUAAUUUGUUACUAUUUGAAGAUUCAAACAAAAACCUCAAAUGUAUGGUUUGGAUUUGCAUGUGUUCUUACUGGUGCUCGUACUCCUCAUCUCCUCUGAGCAACUUGUCCUAACAUACAGGACAGACCGGAGCUUGGGAUUUUGAAAAGUCCAAACGGAUGUGAUUUAUUAAUGUCACAGCUGAAAAAUACCUAGGCAGAUGUUUUUCACUUUUAUCAAAAGACGGGCGAGGUGAUAUCUAAAUUACCAUUUCAUAUCAAGUCAUGUAAAUGUUCAGUUUUAACAGGGCACGGUCACAGUUUCAUGUAAUUUUCUCAGUGUUGACAAAAUGUAUAAUAACAUUUGUUAAAUUCUCCAAAUUUUUUUGCUAUUUACCUAUCUUUAAGACACUGACUUCAUGCUGGCAUGAUUCCUUUUGGGACUUUGCGACCUGAAAGUUGUGAACAUUGCUAAAGAGUUGGAGCCAGGCUUUUAAAGCCUGAUUUGUACCAUCAUGCAAUGUCCACACACGCUUGUCCAACUGGAGCCACUUGAAAGUGAUCAGUGGAAUUAGGAAUAGUUUCCAGUUUAUUUUGCUCCAAAUUUUGGGGAGCUAGAACUAUUUUUAGAACCCACUGCUUGCAUCUCAGUUGAAAUUAACCAAUGCAGAAUUGACCUGGCAUUGAAUCUGGGAAAUCCCUGCUCUGUGCAGCAAAUGGGAAUGUGUUGUCUGUUAAAAACCAUUUUAAUUAAUUUUAUGUAGUUCUAUGACAAAAUAUAAGAUGGUUCUGAAACAAACAUAGAAAAUAAGUGAGAACUAAGUAUAUUAAUGGGAACUAAAAUACGCAACUAUAUGAAUUUAAAUAUGGAUGGAGAAUCUAUUAGCUCACUGGCUUUUCAUUGCAGGUGCAACUUGUGUUCUUGUAUAUAUUUGACACUCGUAGAAAAAAAGAAUAAUUUUAUUCUGAUUUUGUGUCAGGAGAUCUUCUAAUUGCCAUGUGUGAGGUUACGCAUCUACCUCUUUUACUGACCUUUUAGCUGCUAUAGUGACAUAAAUAUAAGCUGGUACUAUUCUGGUCCAGUGUUUGCAUGACAUUACGAUAGGUGUAUUGCAUCAUGCAAUAUUGAUCCCAUUGGCAAGAUAAUGAACUAAAUUAUUAUUUCAGUUCCUGUUCAGGAUUUAUCAUUUUCUUCGAAGUUUUACAUUGGCAACUUAAUUAACAAUGUUUAUCUGGUCUUCCAUACUAAUUAGGGUGUCCAUCAGUUUGGUAGUUAAUUGUCACACUAGUCUGCCAAAGGGCUGGUAUUAGUGGACCUGAUGCCUUGUUCCAGUGUUUCAUAUUUUGUCAAUUCCAAGUUUCUCUACUUACUUUUGUUGUGCAGAAGUGUAUGAUGCAAAGUUGAAAAUUAACAUUUCCUCCCAGAUGUUUAUAUAACUGUACCUCACAUUUUCUUUACCAUUGCAAACUUUGCCUUUUGUGCAUUGAGAUCCCUUUUUGUGCAAGUUGACCUAACAGCGGCAUUUAAAGUUAGGGCUAUUAGUUAAAGGCACUAGUAGCUAUUAAAUUUGUGAUUAUGUUUUUUUUAAAUAACGUCUUUGUGUAUAAAGACAUAGUCAAAUAUGGAAAGUGACUUGGGCUUUAAAAACCGAUGAGGAUGGUGAGAUUAAUAAAAUAGCACAAUAAGCGUCAAAUAUUAGACAUGAGCAAAUUUGAUUGAAUUCAUGAAUCAACUUAGCUAGUAGUCUUAAAGAUUAAUCUUGAAGUUAAAUUGCAUGCCAUAACUUCAGGAUUCUUUGUGUGUGCAGUAACGUAGAAAAAGUUGAUGGGACUAUAAUUUUCCCAAUACUAAUUGCCAAAAUGCCUCCAUUUUAUAUGAUUUAUGUUAGGAAAGUUAUAUUCAAAAAGAAUCAUAGCUAAUGUAUGAUGGAUGAUGUGAAUUUUGAUUUAUUUAAUCUAAUUUCAUUGGCUUUGUGAAACAAUAACUUGUGUUACAGUGAAAGUCUGCAGCAUUGAAAUUAAAACAAGGGGAGUAAUGGUAGACCAUGUAUGUGUAUAGUUUGUUUCUUGCGCUCUGUUGAAUGAAGCAAUGCAACUUGCACAAUGGAGGGGUGCUAUAAUUGGCAUUAGUCUUUUGGGAUAGGCCAGCAUACAAUAGUCAUGAUUCUGACUCCUGAUGUCUGUAAAUUGGAAAGUUGGGUCAUGCUGGGUGAGAGAGGACUGGAUUAAACUUCUUUGAUACCUUUAUGAUUGAAAAACCUGUUGUGAUUCAUUGUACAAGUGUCAGAAAUUAAAUGAAGUAUUGAUAAUUUAUAGAACAGUCAAUGAAUUCAUGAGCCCUGACAAUUUGAACUUGCCUAUCAAUAUAAUUUCCUACCUCCAUGGUGUUUUCUUGUAUAAACAGCUUUAGCUCUAGCCACUUGUCAUUGUUACUUCACCCCACUGCAAAAUCAGAAAGCUGAGCCAAAUCAAGAACUGCUUUUCUUUUGUGAAAUUGAGAAUCUCCAUGGAAGUUUAAACUUUCUCCAUAAACAAUAGGUUUUGUGUUAAUAGAGCUUUAGCUAGUGUGAUAAAAUGAAUUUCCUGUCAUUAAUUUCUGGAUUCCUGUUUCAAAAUAACCACGCUAGAAAAAUUCUAUUCUUGAUGAUAUGAAUGCAUGUGGUAAUUGAAUACUACUAAUUGGCUACUCAAUUUCUCAGUUGUUCUAUCAAUCUGCUAGCAAAAGAGACUCGUGUGUCAGAUAUAUUAAAAUUAUAAACACAUCUAUAAAGAAUGAAUUUAAUAUUUGGCUGCACUGAAAAUACAGUACAAAUAUGGUUUAUUAGAACGUAAGUUCUGCUGAAAAUUGUGUGCCUCUAUAUAUUAAAUUUCAGAUAAGCGGCUUGUUACUUCACAAUUUAAUGAAAGUAUGAUCAUAUUUUUAUAUUCAAACUUGUUUAAAAAAGUUUAAUUUUCCUGUCUCUUUAGUUUUCAGGUGCUGAGUGUGAUAUUUGGUUAAGCAACCCCAAAUAUGUAAAUUUACACUUUUUUGGUGCAGGGAAGUAUAUUAGUUGUUCCUCAAAUUUAGGACAAAUCAAACAAUUUGAUGAGACAGGAAUAAUGUACUGCUGUAUUUCCUUCACGUUUCUUGGUUUUCACCUCAAUAUAAAAGAGAAUAAACCUUCCCAAAAUAAUUAAAAAGAAUAUAUCAUAAAGAUUACUUCUGAAAGGUUAAAGCAAAGUGCAUUAUUUUUCUGUUCGGCUUACGUUCUCUCAAAUAUUCUCGUGGCUUUGAUUCUUAAUGAUCUAUAAGCAGCCUAUAAUUUCAGAAGUACUGCAGAAAGAGAUACACUUGCGACCAAACAUUACAUUAGGUUUAGGAUGUUGAAAUUAGGAGAUAAUUGCUGCACUUAUUUUUAUCUCUCUGAUGUGGAAGGAAUCUCAUUGAUUGUUGCAUGAUAAUUUUCUCCCUGGCUGUGAUUGAUAUUCUUCAGAAAUAUGUAUUUGAGGAUUGUUGGCAUUUAGUGGUAGUUGCCCUGUUUUUGUAUUGUAUUUGGCUCUGCUUUGUUUUGCCAAUAUUAUUCAAUGGAAAGCCAAACUUUCAUUUGGUCAUUUGGAUUUAGCCUGAACUAGCAAAAAGCAAAAUUAACAGGUAGUGCUGAUGGAAAGCUUUCCAUGUAAUAGAAGUUGUGAAAUUAACAGUAAAAAGAAAAGAAAAUGUUGCAAAAAGAAUGUAACUCUGAGUGUAUUACUCAAUAAAGCAUCACGUUAGUCACUGUCGAGUUUUCUCUUGCACAAGGAGAGGUAAAGAGAAUGUUAAAGCAUGAAAGCGCCACAUAUUUUUGUCAGUUGUGUUAAUGUGUAAUUUUAGUGCAAUUUUAAAUCAUUUUAAAUUUGCUUUUCAAUGGUUAGAGUAAAUUUGGUGUCUGGAUUUAUCUGAACCUGACUGAUGACCCAAUCCCGAUAACUACCUGGCUACAGCUCCACUUUGAAGUUCAAGGUAUAGUGCUGUAUGAAAUCUUGUAACAAGUGAGCUUUCAUUGAGGAGUUUUGACACUGAACGUAAUAAUAUGGUGAUCUAAAAUUUCUUUGCUUCUUGCCUUUAAGCAUUUUAUCUUUUUGGAUUGGUAGGGGAGGGAUGUGGGAGGGACCUGCUUGUGUCAGAGAUGUUGUUUGGGGUCAAGUAAUGCAUCUGCAGUGUUUGGCCAGUGACAUCCCAACCAUCAUGUAUGUUACCAAGGAUUUCUGGAUUUAACCCACACAGCUAGGAACAGUUGACACACACAUUGUGAAUAAAGGUGAAUCCACACAUGAUAUACAGUAUUAACACAAUGUGAUAAUGCUUCUAUUUACGCACUUCUAAAUGGAGAGAGAAAUGUCUCCACUCACCAGUUAAACCUGCCGAAGGCUUCAAUGACAUUCCUGCAACAAAAAGUGUCAACGGUUUAGAAAACUACAGUACUGUGACAUAAAAAGCAAUUCUGUGUUUAGAUUCCAAUGAUUGUAUUUUAUAAUCCACUUUUGAAAUUUACACAAUUUCUACAAAUAUUAUAAUAGAUGAUGUGUACAGUAUAAUUAUUACAUGCAAUAUGUCACAAUGUUGCAUAUAUCUAAACUUGUAUAUAAUGGGAAUGGUUAUAUCAAUACAGGCAAAGUCAGAAACAGUUUUGAACUGGGUAAAUCUUUGCUUUUAUCAGGUACUUCCUUAUAUCAGAUUGUACAGAAGUAGAUUUUAGCUAAAUGUACCUGGGAAGCUGAGAAAAAGGUAUUGGUACUCAAAGGUUGAGAUAACAAAGUUUGAUAGUUUGUUUAAUUCAUGUUUGAUCAUUCUUUGCUAUUACCAAGUUGCAAUGAAAAGUGUAUUACCAACACCUUAACCCAAAGAGACUUCCUGUCGAAGAAGUAAUCUUAUGAUUGCCUGCGAUAUAUUAUUACAUGGACAUUUUUCCAGUAUUUACCUCAUGAAAGCAAUGCAGAUUUUCUAUUGUCUUGCCAACAUAAUUGCAAGGUGGUAAACGUAAAAUAUUUACAGAUGUACAGCACCUGGUUAUUGUAAUGUAAAAUGUCUGUUGUAUUUAUUUUCCAGAAUCUUGUAUAAGCAGCGUACUGAACCAAAAUGGUGAUGAUUGAAGCUGUGCAUGUAACCGAUAGUUUACAUUUUUUGUACAUUGUUCACCUUUGUAAGAGUCCAUAUUUAAACCAUGAUCAAAAAAUGUCUUAAAAAACCAAAACAAUU